UGUUUUCGGUGUGUUUGCUCGGAGGAAGCUGUGUACACCGGAAUCUGAAGAAUUCGAGGUGUCCGCCAAGCUAAACUCUUCUUCCCCGCCGCCGCUCUCUGCCUCCUCUUUGUCCUCUUCGUACUCAAUUUUCCAGCGGACGCUGAAGGAACAGUGAAGAAAAACCAUGUCGCAAGGUGACAAAAUGAAGCAGGGCCAGUUCACCAACCCCGAGACACCGGGGUAUGUGGGAUUUGCCAACCUGCCCAAUCAGGUUCAUCGCAAGUCCGUUAAAAAGGGCUUUGAGUUCACGCUUAUGGUUGUAGGUGAAUCUGGACUUGGGAAAUCGACCCUGAUCAAUAGCCUCUUCCUGACCGACCUCUACCCCGAGAGAAUCAUCCCAGGAGCGGCAGAGAAAAUCGAGAGGACGGUUCAGAUCGAGGCGUCCACGGUGGAAAUCGAGGAGCGCGGCGUCAAGUUGCGUCUGACGGUGGUGGACACGCCCGGAUAUGGAGACGCCAUCAACAGCCAGGACUGUUUCAGCACCAUUAUCAGCUAUAUCGAUGACCAAUUUGAGCGCUACCUCCACGACGAGAGCGGUCUCAAUCGGCGUCACAUCGUCGACAACAGAGUUCACUGCUGCUUCUAUUUCAUUUCCCCGCUCGGCCACGGCUUGAAGCCGCUGGACGUUCAGUUCAUGAAGGCAAUCCACAAUAAGGUCAACGUGGUUCCCGUCAUUGCCAAGGCGGACACGCUCACCCUCCGAGAGAGAGAGCGGCUCAAGCGCAGAAUCCUGGACGAAAUCGACGAACACGGUAUCAAGAUUUACCACCUGCCUGACGCCGAGUCGGACGAGGAUGAAGACUUCAAAGAGCAGACCAGGAUCCUCAAGGCCAGCAUCCCUUUCGCGGUGGUAGGCUCCAACCAGCAGAUCGAGGCCAAGGGGAAGAAGGUGCGGGGUCGCCUGUACCCCUGGGGUGUGGUGGAGGUGGAGAACCCCGAGCACAAUGACUUCCUCAAGCUGCGCACCAUGCUGAUAACCCACAUGCAGGAUCUGCAGGAAGUGACCCAAGACCUGCACUACGAGAACUUCCGCUCGGAUCGCCUGAAGCGCAGCGGCAGAAAGGGUCCGGAACCGGAGGAAAUGGACAAGGAUAUGAUUCUGCAGGAGAAGGAGGCUGAGUUGAGACGAAUGCAGGAGAUGAUUGCCAAGAUGCAGGCCCAGAUGCAGAAACAGGGCGAUGGAGAGGGAGACGUUUGAAAAGAUGAUGAAGUUAUUCGUGGCACCACUUGAAUUUGAAGCGAAGGACAGCUUGAGAACAGCAGCCCAUCUGGUUCUUGACUUGUUCAUUCAGUCCCACUUGGGAUCUGAACUGCUGAUAACUAUAGUAAAGUAUAUUCAAACAGUGUUAAAAUGACUUAUAAAUGUAUAUCCUCGCCGUUAUAUUCCUGACACUUUUAAACACAUCAUUUUCCAGUCACAAUCAAAUGACCCUUGAAUCGAAAGUUUUUAAAUACCAAAUUGUCAGUUCCCCUUUCAUUGCUUAUAUUGGCAAAUUUGACAUUGGGAGGACCUAAAUGUUAAAUUCUUGCCAAUAUUUUCCUCAUCAAAGAGUUUGAGAGUUAAAAAAAACAACUCUUGUCAGUGUUCAAAUAUUUUUACGUGAGGGUGAAAAAGUAUUUUGUUGCCCCCCCCCCCCCCCCCCCCCCCCCCAACGAGUAAAGAUGUGCCAUCAACUGUUACCGACGUUAUUACUUUCUCGCAUGCUACAUUACAUCCAUGUCUGAGGCCAUUUGAAGUUGCAUGCACUCUUUUCUGUGAAGUCAUUUUGAGUAGGACAAACUGAAGGCUAUUAUUCAUGACAGGUUGUACUGCUCUGUGAAGUUCUGCCUCAGUGAGAGACAAAUGUUUAAUUCAAGGCAAAAAAAACAACAACGUUUUUUAACCUUUCCAAUGUGGGUCCCAUUGAUGCCAAUUAUUCCCCUCACCAGCCAAACUGAGCAUUCCUCUUUCAGCUAUUUUUACCCAAUAAUAAUGCACCAAAUAUUGUUCUUGAUGUAUAAUGUUGUAAUAAAUGUUUUAUUCUCAAA